AUGACAUUUGAAUUGGUCCUUGAAGGAGGACUCCAUACUCAGAAAAUGGAGAUAGAGAGGAAUUGUCAAACAGGAAAAACAGAUGAGCAGAAAGCCUGCAACAUGAGGUAUAUGACACGUUCCAGAAGGCGAAGUCUGUUACUUACAGUAGCUGGAGUAUUGGGAGGAAUGGAAGACAUCACAAGAGGAGCUCAAGAGCUUGAUAACAUCAUCAAGCAAGGAUACUUGGAGAAGAAAAGUAAAGAUCAUAGUUUCUUUGGAUCAGAGUGGCAGAAGCGAUGGUGUGUUGUCAGCAGAGGCCUCUUCUACUACUAUGCUAAUGAGAAAAGCAAGCAGCCCAAAGGGACCUUUCUCAUUAAGGGCUACAGUGUACGGAUGGCCCCCUACCUGCGAAAAGAUUCCAAGAAAGAAUCCUGCUUUGAACUGACCUCCCAGGAUAGGCGCAGCUAUGAGUUUACAGCUACGAAUCCAGCUGAAGCCAGAGACUGGGUGGAUCAAAUAAGUUUCUUGUUAAAGGAUCUGAGCUCCUUAACCAUUCCGUAUGAAGAGGAGGAAGAAGAGGCAGAGGAGGAAGAGAUGUAUGAUGAUAUCGAUGGUCUUGACACGCAAAAUUCUGGCUCCCAAGGCAGACCUGUUAUCUUGCCUGGGAGUAUGGGGCUAACACAGCCUGCAGAGGAGAAAGAAGAAGAUAUUUACGAAGUCUUACCAGAUGAAGAGCAUGAUCUACAAGACGAUGAGAGUGGCACUCAACAAAAAGGAGUGGACUAUGCCAGUUAUUACCAGGGCCUAUGGGAUUGCCGUGGUGACCAGUCAGACGAACUGUCCUUCCAACGGGGUGACCUCAUCCGAAUUCUGAGCAAGGAGUAUAACAUGUAUGGCUGGUGGGUAGGAGAACUGAACAGUCUCAUUGGGAUUGUUCCAAAGGAGUACCUCACCACUGCCUUUGAAAUAGAAGAAAGAUGAAGCCCAGGACACAUAUCCUUCUCUCUCUCCUGCCUUUAUGAAGAAACUGAUCACCAACAGUUCCCGCCCCAAGCCCUGCCGCUCCUCCAGCACCACGGACUCCUCUCUUUACUGAAGAGACCCAAGUCUCUGACACCUGUAGUAACUGUACACCAAUAAGACAAAGGGGAAGAGGCAUAUUCAGCAGGCCCAUUAUUAAACCUUCCUUGUCCUAGCCCGUCUGAUCUCUCAGCGUGUCCUCACAGCCACUUCGGCCCUUCCCACAGGCUUGUCACAGAGGUGAGAGAGAAGGAAAUCUUUGGAAGAGAAAGCUGUUGGUUGUUUUAACUGACUUGAAAAGCACCAAUAAACUUCAGAUUUAGUUCUUUGCCAUAUGUGAUGGUGUCGAGUUUCUUUUUGAAAUGGUAUCAAAAUGCCGGUUCUGGGCAUUUGUGCCACUUCCAAACAAAGUAGGAAGAGACGGCCAGAGAAAAAACAUAAGCCCAGACAGACAAGGGGACUUGCAAUUGUCUUUCAGGAUUGGAUCCUCUCGGGAACUUAGGCCUGCCUGGUUUCUGCUUGGUUUCUCAAACUUCCUUUGGCUGCCUCUUGGGUUUUUUUUUACGUGCUGGAUCUCUCUGAAAUGAGACAGGGCUAGAAGCAACUCCUUGGAGUCAGCACUUGGAGAGUUCCUUUUCAACCUCGGUUAACUACCCCACUGUGUCUUUCUGUACCCCCAACAAGUCCUAGAUGGGACCAGGGAAGUGCUUUGAGGAGGACUUAUGUAUACACAACCCUGUUUCCUUUUCCUGUUGCCUAUACCUAGCACUCAGGUCAUCUGUGCCUUGAAGAGGCAGCAAAACAUAGUGGUUAAGAAUAUAAACUCGGAAAUAAAUCCCAGUUCUCCUUUUACUACAUAUGUUCUCAA